AUGCAACAGGAGAAACAAAACACUUCGUCAAAACUUCCUGCUCAAUCGUCUUUAGGGACCUCAAACAAUCAUGAAAGCAACUGCACAAAUGCCGAUGUAAGAGUCAAAUAUUGUAAAUAUCCGCCUGGUGAGUAUCCUGCCUUUCAGCUCGAUCCUCCAGAAGCAACCCAAACGACAACGUCGAGCCGGCGUUCUGCCGUUGGUUUCCCUCCAAAACCAAAAUCACUAUAUCCAUCAUCCAUUCUCUGUUUGGCUAUGGUCGUGAGAGGGGAUAUCGGAUAUCUCACUGCUUCACUCGCACAAAAGCAAGGCAUCUUCGCAAACCAAUCCUCAGGGUGA